GCGUCGUAGAGGAGCACGAUUCACGGCCGAAGAUGAGCUUAUUAGCCACGACGAUCGACAGUCUGAUUAACGAUGCGAAAAUAGGUUGAGGAUACAACUGGCGAUGGUGUCGAGUUAUGGACGGGGGAGAAGAGGCGGCGCCCUCUCUCCCGCCUCUGACGCUGAUGGAACGAUUGUGCAUCGCCUUGCUUCACGACGGUGCCGACCCCCCGAUCAUCCACCGGGACAUCAAGAGCAGCAACGUCCUUCUUGGCAAUGGCGCCGGGAAGAAGCUGAGGGUCGUUGUAGCGGACUUCGGUCUGGCAACCAUCGGAGAGAGGGUGUUCGGCGCAGAGCACGAGACGAUGGUGAAGACCUCGCACAUGGCGGGAACUUUCGGGUACAUGGCGCCAGAGUACAUGCUGUCCGGGAUUUUGUCGGAGAAGAUCGACGUGUACGCCUUCGGCGUGAUCCUACUGGAGCUGCUGACGGGGAGAAAGGCGGUGUCCGCAAAUCCGUCGGGAAUGGGUUGGCAGACGCUUGCGGACUGGGCGAAACCCCUCCUGGAAAGUGCCAACGGUGUUGAAGUAGGGAUGACCCUACCCCUGUCGGAGAUGCGUGGCAUUUUGCAGAUCCGUUACAUGCCAUCUUCGUAAUCCGAAAAAAAGAAAACGAAAAAAAAAAGGGAGAGGGAGAUAAACUCCCUCCCCGUGC